AUGACAGCAAGGGCACAUGCAUCUCACAUGGGCGUGCAGUACACCACCAACACUUCACGAGACAUAAUGUACUGGCCACGUAUGCACACAGAACUGGUGGAGGCAGUCCAACGCUGCGCAAUCUGCCAGGAGUCACAACCAGCUCUCCCCAAGGAACCCCUCAUGACACACCUAGUACCCAAGAAACCGUGGAAACUAGUCGCGAGUGACUGUUUUGAGGUCAAUGGACAAAACUACUGCGUACUAGUAGACCUCUACUCAGACUACAUCGACUUGCACGCCCUGGAAGACAUGACUUCCAAAUCGCUAAUCAAGGAACUGAAGCCAGUGUUGCCACCCACGGCAUUCCUCACACCUUGA